AUGAAGAGGCAGAUGAAGGGCUGGAACCCAGGUCUUGCCAGGGCACAGCAGGCAGUUCUCAGCCCCAUCACCUACCACAAAGAGACCAGGCUGAGGCCAAAAGCACAGGAGAAAGCUAAGAAUGAAGGGCCUUUUCAGCCGACCUUCUUGGCCAGUUCUAGCCUGCGGCAGGCAAGCAUUUACAAGAUGCACCUCGGUCAUGAGUCCGUGCACGUGGAGAUGACCUUGAUCUUCCUCUGCGCCCUGGUCAUCGCCCAGGUAGUGCUGGUGCAGUGGCGACAGAGAUAUGGCCUGUCUUACCACCUGCUGACCCUGCUGCAGAUGUGGGUUAUCCCUUUGUAUUUCACGAUAAAACUUUUCUGGUGGUGGUUUCUGUCUAUAUGUGGAAUGGUCUCAGUUAUUAUGAGCUACAUCCUCUUCAGAGCUACCAAACCACCCCUCUCAGGGCGAACACCAUGAUUGGUCUACAAAUGAUUUCUUCUAAUCUACAAGCUCAGCUAUGCAUUGAAAGUAGAUUACUUGGCCACCCUGUUUACAUUCUACAGCAUUAGCGGGAAGCCUACCAGGAGCUUGGCAGAUGCUGUCUGUGGGCAGAAGAUCAUCGCGGAGCUUGGUGAAGAAGGGCUCAUCGAAAGCACCUACCAGCUUUCCUGCAAACACUGCUUUCGUGAAUUUUGCAUCUGAGGUUGGUGUAUUGUUGAUAAAAAGCAGACAUGACCUCACUGCCAAGAAACGGUUGAUUUGAAGAGGAUGAUCAAUAACCUCUGGGAGCGCAUGCACUUUUUAUAGGGACACAUCCUGGAUUGGCUUUGUUAUCUGGUGGCCUGGCAGCCUGUGGUGAUAGGAAGAGUCCAAGCCAUUAAUUAUUCCCUCAGGCUGGAAUAA